CAAUUCACUAACUUACUCGCGUUCGUUGGGUUUGUAUAUUCCAAGGAUAGUGCGCUCCGCGUAUUUUCCGAUCAGUUUAUUUACGUAAAUCCGAACACAUGGAGCGAUAAGUUGUGAAAAAUUAUGCGAGGAUCAUAGACUGAAUAUUAACAUCUAAUCAUAGAUGAAAAAUUAACAAGUUUUCUGUGUUGGUUUGUCUAUUUGUUAAAAUGAAGUGGUUUUUGAAAAGUUUCAUUUUUUUCGUCCUUUUCGAUGCUUUUAUUUGUUUCAAUAUCGAGACCAGGGAACCCAUUGUAAAGUGGUCUGAUGUCCCCGGUUCUUAUUUCGGAUUCAGUGUGGCCCAACAUGAGACUUCCGAUGGCGAAAAAUGGAUGCUUGUCGGGGCACCUUUGGGAAAAAAUCUUCAGCCUAAAACCAACAGAUCUGGCGCUCUUUUCAAGUGUCCAAUGACACAAGACGACAGAUACGAUUGUGUGCAAGUAGAGACUGAUGGAAAACGAGAGCCAGGAGGGAAAUAUAAAUUCAACAAUUUCGACUACGACGACAUCUAUUCCAACGGAGAAACACAAGCCCUAACACCUCCAGGACACGACGAAAUCAAAGACAACCAAUGGCUGGGUGUCACUGUCAAAUCCCAAAAACGCGGCGGCUAUGCCAUGGUAUGCGCCCACAGAUACAUACAGAGCGACAGGCUGGAUCUCUUCCACUACGGCUAUGGUUUUUGUUACGUCAUGAACCAGGACCUCGUCCUCGAAGACGUCUUGGAACCAUGCAAGGGACGACCUGUACAAAACUUACAUCUGCAGUACGCCUUCUGCCAAGUCGGGACCAGUUUGAACCUCUUGGAGAACGGUAUGGCUGUGAUGGGAGCUCCUGGUCCUCUGGCUUGGAAAGGAACCAUCUUCGCCAAGCAAAUCAAUGGCGACUACGUCAGACGGGAUAAAACACUCUAUCAAGGACCCUUGGAAAACAGCAAUAUAACCGAGAAAUACAGCUAUUUAGGAAUGAGCUCCGACGGCGGUAGAUUCUUCAAGAAGAAUAAGAUCACCUUGGUUUCCGGCGCUCCAAGAUCUCACACCAUAGGCGAGGUGAUCUUCUUCGAUCAGGUGGCCCACGAGCCAAUCAUGGAUGUCAGGCUGAGCAUAAUGGGGGAGCAGUUUGCCUCCAGCUUCGGAUACGAGAUACUGGCCAUGGAUAUAGAUCAGGACGGAUACGAUGAUCUUUUGGUCAGCGCACCCUUCUAUUACGAAGAGCAAACAUACGGGGGUGCUGUCUACGUCUACAUGAAGCUGAGGGAGUGUACCAAUGAGGCUUGUGAACGAACCAUGCUGAAGGGCAAGUAUGAAUCUAGGUUCGGUUAUUCGUUAGCAUCCCUUGGUGAUAUAAACAAAGAUGGUUUCAACGACGUGGCCAUAGGAGCUCCGUACGAAGGAAAUGGUGUUGUGUACAUCUAUUUAGGUACCAAGACGGGUUUUCAAGAGGAACCUUCCCAGGUAAUAAAGAGUAAGAACUUCAAGUCCUUGGGUUACUCGUUAAGUGCUGGUUUGGAUAUGGACAACAACAACUAUCCAGAUCUUUUGGUAGGCGCCUACGAAUCCGACAUAGUGGUCCUGUAUAAAACCAGGCCAAUCAUCGAUAUAUCGAUCAAGAUCGAUGGAGAUUUGAAGAAUAUCAACUCAACCAAGAAGGGUUGUCCGGCUGAUCCAAACAAUCGCAAUCAUACUUGCUUCUCCAUCAAAUGCUGCUUCUCGAUAAACGAAGACGUGAAGAACGAGUUCAAGGUGUCCUACCACAUCGAGGAAGUCCUGGACAACCAGAAGAGAUCCAGGAUUUGGUUCCACGAUCCCAGGUUCCCUCACCAGAAGCACCAUUACAGGAACAUCAGCGGCAUCAAUGUGAAACGCGCCAAGAGGGAUCAGUGUCAAUCGGAAACGGUUUACGUCAACGACGGAGUCAGGGACAUCUUAUCGCCCAUUGUCUUUAACGUUAAAUACGAGGUGGAGGAUGACGCUGUUAAUUCUCCCAUAUUGAACAAGACGGCCUUCCAACAGUUUGAAGCUACUUUCCAGAAGGACUGUGGUGGGGAUGAGAUCUGCGAGAGUUAUCUGGUGGUCAACGCUGCUUGCCUUGGAGACUUUCCAAAGACGGAGGAAGGUUACAUCCUCAAUCUAGGGGAAAAUGCAGAACUUCAGAUUGAGGUCAACAUUUCCAAUACCGGGGACGCUGCUUAUGAAGCCAAAUUGUUCCUUACAUAUCCCGGAGAAUCUCUGAGUUAUAUAUCGCUGGCACUUCUAGACAAACAUGACACCAGCCAUUGCAGCCUUUCCAACGAUUCGAUCGUCAACUGCACCCUGGGCAACCCCUUCCCAUCGGGAAAGACCGCCAGGAUCAGGAUGCGAUUCGAGGUGCUCAAGAACGCGAAUCCGAUGCUCAACUUCCACAUCUUCGCGAAUUCCACGUCGAAGGAACUGUCGAAUUUGACGUCCGUCGAUCUGCGCGCCGCCUUGCAGAAGGUGGCCGAUUUGCAACUCAUAGGAAAAUCGUUGACGACGCACGUGUUCUUCGGCGGGGAGAUAAAAGGGGAGUCUGCGAUGAAGAGUUUGGAGGAUAUAGGUGGCCAAGUGAAGCAUCGCUACCAGAUCUCCAAUAAUGGUAACUGGACUUUGCAGAAUGUGACCGUGAACAUCUCUUGGCCCUUCCAGGUCCAAUCGAAUAGGAUCCAAGGGAAGUGGUUGCUUUAUUUGGAAAGUACGCCACAGGUGGACGACGGAUAUUGCUGGGUCGAUCCUCCGUCAGCUGUCAACCCUAUGAAACUGACAUCCACCUCGAUCCAGGCCGCUGAAGAAACGGAACGGGUAGAAAACGUCACGAUGGCACCAAUAAACUUCACGGAUAACCCGGUGCAAUACUUGAAAAGAAGAAAAAGGGACGCCGAAGAGCUCCUAGCCAUACCGGAAAAACUCACUGACAGCAGGGGAAACAACGUUGUCAAAUUGAGUUGCCACGCCGGUACAGCCAAGUGCGUGAGGAUCUACUGUUUCUUCAAGAAACUCGGCAAGGACGAUCAGAAGACCAUAGAUAUAGUGUCAAGGGUGUGGAAUUCUACCCUAACUGAAGACUACAGCGGUUCCGAUUGGGUCACCAUCGCCUCCGACGCUGAGAUAUUGGUCAACGAUAAGACCAUCACCUGGAGGGCGGAAGGCAAUAACCGCGAUGAGGUCGAAACGACGGCGUACCCCAUGGUCGUACCGCCAGAGUCCCAGGUCAGCUUCUGGAUCAUCCUGAUCUCGGUGGCUCUCGGCGUACUCCUCUUGAUCUUCCUCCUUUUCGCCCUUUACAAGUUCGGCUUCUUCAAGAGGAACAGGGUGGACAGGACGUUGUCCGGAAACCUGAAGAAAAACGGCGAGAGCGAGAGUCUGAUACAGAUCAACGAGGUGAAAAAAUGACCCGUUGUCACCGCAAGUUUAGACUCUACAGGAGCUAAAUAAUGUGAUUUGUGAUAUUUCGAAUAGUGCCACAAAGUGAACUGUUGAGAAACGUUUCGAAAGAUUCCAUGAGUAUUUCAAGCUUUUUCAUUCCUUUUUGUGGACUUGUAUGGUGCGAUCUUUUACUUCAAUCUCGAAGUACAAAGAAGAAAGUUUCUUGACCUUGAAAGCUUUCAACGGCGGCUAGAUACUAGGGUUAGGAGUGUCUUGGGCAGUUUUUUCCGAGAAUUUGGCAGCUAAACGAUAAUUAAAUCGCAUUAAGGUAUACACCAAUGAGAUUGUCGCCACGAAAAAGCUUUGCCAGAUUUCUCUGACUACCCCUCGUUGUCUUAAAAAGUUGUUCAAUCUGUUAAGACUGAUAUCAUCGAAGCGCCUUAAUUUUUUUAACGCACAAACAUCUACAUUGUGUAGUCAAGAAUUUUUAUAUUUUCACUGUAUGGUGUCUCAAGUGUCGAUGACUUGCAUUCUUAUUUUUAUUCCAGUGAUUUUUGUAUUUUCAUUUAUUCCUUUCUAUUUUUUGGAUUCCGGGUCUGAUAAUUUAUUUUUAUUUCGUCGAAGACCAAAUCCAGAAAAAAGUUCCUUGUACAUAUUAUUCGAUGUACUUAAAAUACCGAAUUCAUUCUUGCUAAAUUCCCUUCGUAACUAGUUGUAUAUAAAUAUGUGUAAAUUUGUUUAUAUAACUCUGAAAUUGUACAGUAUAUUUGUAUAUCUACAUAUGCGUUUAGCGUACUCGGGAGUAUGUAGCUUUCCUAACAAGAAGAAGAAGAAAAGAGUGAUUUUGGCCAAAUUUUCCUUUUAACUUUAAGGUACCGAAGCAUACUUAUUGUAUUCGCGAAAAUUUGUUGUUGAUGGAUUUAUUUAUUUAGAUAAUGUAUUCUAUUCUUUGUUGUAUAGUUGGUAGGUUUUGUAAAUAUUUUAGUGAUAUGUACUUAUGUAUUUCAUCGCAAACUGCCUUAUUGUAUUCAAUUCAGCUUAUUGCUGGAGGAAAUGUUUAUGGAUUUUCAUCGAAUAAAACAACUAUUUCUAGAAA